GCGAAAGCACACACACACACCCACACCCAGGAUCACUGGAGCCCAGCACAGGAGACCACCCUGAACACGCGGCGAAGAUGAUGUACCCAGGCGUACUGCCGUCCUCCUUCAGCCCCCUGAUGGACUUCCACUGGCCCGUGCGCAGCCUCUGGCCGGAGACACGGCCUCUCUUCUUUCGCAUUGAGCAGGAGAUGAUGAGGCACAUGCAGGAGAUGAAGCAGAGCCUAGAAUUCAUGGAGAAACUUCAUCAGAAGAUCUUCGAGGAGAUCGACCAUGUGCCGGCUUCCAUGGCGCUGAAGCCCAUCUCUUUCAAGGUGGACAAUGAGGGACAGAACUUCGCCCUGACCCUGGACACUAAAGACUUCUCCCCCGAGGAGCUGGCUGUGAAGCAGGUGGGCAGGAAGCUGCGGGUGAGCGGCAAGUCAGAGAAGAAGCAGGAGGACGGGAAAGGCUCUUUCUCCUAUAAAUGCCAGGAGUUCCGGCAAGAGCUUGACCUACCAGAAGACGUGAACCCUGAAGAUGUGAUCUGUUCGCUCUCUGAGGGUCAACUCCGAAUCCAGGCCGCCAGGUCAGCGGUGCCCGCGCUGAAGGAAAGGGUGGUGCCUAUUGACUGUGCCCCAGGAGUGAAGUCACUGGCAGCACAAAGUCCCAACAUGGAGAACAAAGAUGCCGAAACAAGCCCUUCCAAAGAAUGACAGCCAUGUGUCAAAGGCGCUGCAUCCACUGGAAAUCUAGGUGCAUAAGUCUGUGUUUUAAUGGUCAUGGAUUAAUUAAAUUAAUUUUUGUCCAGUUUCAAUAUUUCUAUUUUGUACUGAUUUAGAAUUAACAUGACUUUAGCAGAAGUACUGUUUGGAUGAGUGACACUGUCAAUAAAAUGUUAUUUUUGAAAAAAGUCUUUCUUAAUAUUCGUUCUCUAUGUAUUCUUGACUUUGAAUAAUGUAAGAAUGUAACUGAACAAGAGGGGCGGCGCAGUGGUGCGGUGGGUU